AGCUGGCCCUACAGUCCUCUCGGCUCCCUCAACCAUAACACCAAUUCCAGGCGUCGCUCUCUCCAGCGCUGCCACCAUAGACACUUGAAUUCUCUUUAAUACAUAGUAAUUGGAAUUGUUACGUUGUGUACGAGUCGAGCUGUUGGCGUCUUAGAGGCCUGUGUUAAGUAUAAUUAAGAAUCGUGCCAAUACAAAGGAAAUUCUGCAUAGAGACGGGAGGACCUAACCUGCGCUUGGACACCGACAAAGACAGUGGAAGAAACAGAAGCGUUGGUUGAAGAUGGCGUGGCUGGUGGUGACAAUGACAGCACUUCUGGGUGUUAGAAGCGUCCUAGCAGACUCGCCCAUCUUGAGCAAGACGGAGGAGCUACGACAGAAGCUUCUGAAGAACUAUGACAAGAACGCCCUUCCUCAACGUGACACUAACGGCACCACCACCGCCUACUUCGGGAUCAUACCCAUGGGCAUGUGGAUCGAAGAGGACAAGCAAGUAUUCAACCUGAAUGCCUGGCUUAGAAUGACUUGGAAGGACCCGCGUCUCGCUUGGGACUACAAAGACUUCGCCGGAAUCAAAUCAGUUCACUUUGACGACAGUGAGCUCUGGCACCCUGAAGCUCACCUCUAUAACAACGCGGACAUCACCGACGUCAACCACUACGGCAGCGUCAAGUCCUUGGUGUACAGUGAUGGGAUGGUGCUGUGGGUGCCCCCGGGCCUCUUCAGGUCAGAGUGCCCCCUAGACGCCACUCACUGGCCCUACGACACUCAGACUUGCGAACUCUACAUCGGCGCCUGGGCCUACCAUGGCUGGCAUGUCGACUUGCAGCUGUUUCAUAAUGCCAGCAAGGUGUUACCCGGUUGGUUUAUGAAGUUUUCACACUCGUGGCAGUAUGUAAAAGGCAGCAUAGAACGCAUACAGACAACCUAUUCUUGCUGCCCCGAGCCCUACGUCAUGAUUAGGGUGGAGAUCACCAUGUCCAGAGUCUCUCCAAUCUUCACCUCCACCGUCGUCAUCCCGGCCUGCGUGAUCUCUGUGCUGACGCUGGUGCAGUUCCUGCUUCCCCUGCGAGAACCACGGAGGCUGACGUUGGGGUGUGUCAGUCUGCUGCUGACACUGAUCGUCCUCCUCUACCUGGCCAUCUCCCUCCCUCACCUCGCCUUCUCCCUCCCCAUUAUUGUGAAGUUCUACGGGCAGACUCUGGCGGUGAUUGUGGUGAGCGUUGGGGUGAACGCCGGCCUCCUGCGUCUGACGGACGGUCGUCAGCCUUCCGUCACCUCGACGCCACCACCGGCACUGCUCAAGAAUAUCCUCACUGGUCCCCUCGCCUCUGUCCUCUGUCUACAGCGCUACGCCGAGAAGGUUGGUCUGAGCGGAGGCGGGGCUGAGGACGGAGAGGUCCUGGAGGAGACCCGUCCUGCAUCCUACCUCCAUGAGUGGCUGCUGGUGGCCGCCGCCCUCGACCGCCUCGCCGCCAUCACCUUCGUCGCCGCCUUCGUCAUUACUCUCAUCGCCUACGUCGCUCCCGUCUGAUCUUACACUCCCCGACUACGUUCAUGUUCGGCUGUAGUAAUUAUCUACAUUACUGAUGCAACAGCCAAAGAGCCUCGUGUGUCUACUGUAAUUCAUAUGACCUGUGUUUACUGUAGUCCGUAGGAGAUAUAUAUUUUGUGUAAAUAUUCCAAGCUGUCAUUCAAAAGUACAGUAAACAUAUGGACUAUGGAUGGACUGUACCAAACAUGGAUUGUACCAAACAUGGACUGUACCAAACAUGGAUUGUACCAAACAUGGACUGUACCAAACAUGGAUUGUACCAAACAUGGACUGUACCAAACAUGGAUUGUACCAAACAUGGACUGUACCAAACAUGGAUUGUACCAAACAUGGACUGUACCAAACAUGGACUGUACCAAACACGGACUGUACCAAACAUGAACUGUACCAAACAUGAACUGUACCAAACACGGACUGUACCAAACACGGACUGUACCAAACAUGGACUGUACCAAACAUGGACUGUACCAAACAUGGACUGUACCAAACAUGGACUGUACCAAACAUGAACUGUACCAAACAUGAACUGUACCAAACAUGGACUGUACCAAACAUGGACUGUACCAAACAUGGACUGUACCAAACAUGGACUGUACCAAACAUGGACUGUAUCAAACAUGAACUGUACCAAACAUGAACUGUACCAAACAUGGACUGUACCAAACAUAGACUGUACCAAACAUGAACUGUACCAAACAUGGACUGUACCAAACACGGACUGUACCAAACAUGGACUGUACCAAACAUAGACUGUACCAAACUUGGACUGUACCAAACUUGGACUGUACCAAACUUGGACUGUACCAAACUUGGACUGUACCAAACUUGGACUGUACCAAACAUGGACUGUACCAAACAUGGACUGUACCAAACAGAGACUGUACCAAACAUAGACUGAACCAAACAUGAACUGUACCAAACAUAGACUGUACUAAACAUGGACUGUACCAAACUUGGACUGUACCAAACAUGAACUGUACCAAACUUGGACUGUACCAAACAUGGACUGUACCAAACAUAGACUGUACCAAACUUGGACUGUACCAAACAUGGACUGUACCAAACUUGGACUGUACCAAACUUGGACUGUACCAAACUUGGACUGUACCAAACUUGGACUGUACCAAACUUGGACUGUACCAAACUUGGACUGUACCAAACAUGGACUGUACCAAACAUGGACUGUACCAAACAGAGACUGUACCAAACAUAGACUGAACCAAACAUGAACUGUACCAAACAUAGACUGUACUAAACAUGGACUGUACCAAACUUGGACUGUACCAAACAUGAACUGUACCAAACUUGGACUGUACCAAACAUGGACUGUACCAAACAUAGACUGUACUAAACAUGGACUGUACCAAACUUGGACUGUACCAAACAUGGACUGUACCAAACAUGGACUGUACCAAACUUGGACUGUACCAAACUUGGACUGUACCAAACAUAGACUGUACCAAACAUGGACUGUACCAAACAUGGACUGUACCAAACAUGGACUGUACCAAACAUGGACUGUACCAAACAUAGACUGUACCAAACAUGAACUGUACCAAACAUAGACUGUACUAAACAUGGACUGCACCAAACUUGGACUGUACCAAACAUGAACUGUACCAAACUUGGACUGUACCAAACUUGGACUGUACCAAACAUAGACUGUACCAAACUUGGACUGUACCAAACAUAGACUGUACCAAACUUGGACUGUACCAAACAUAGACUGUACCAAACUUGGACUGUACCAAACAUGAACUGUACCAAACUUGGACUGUACCAAACAUGGACUGUACCAAACAUGGACUGUACCAAACAUAGACUGUACCAAACUUGGACUGUACCAAACUUGGACUGUACCAAACUUGGACUGUACCAAACUUGGACUGUACCAAACAUAGACUGUACCAAACAUAGACUGUACCAAACUUGGACUGUACCAAACAUGGACUGUACCAAACUUGGACUGUACCAAACAUGGACUGUACCAAACAUGGACUGUACCAAACAUAGACUGUACCAAACAUGGACUGUACCAAACUUGGACUGUACCAAACUUGGACUGUACCAAACUUGGACUGUACCAAACAUGGACUGUACCAAACUUGGACUGUACCAAACAUGGACUGUACCAAACAUGGACUGUACCAAACAUAGACUGUACCAAACUUGGACUGUACCAAACAUGGACUGUACCAAACUUGGACUGUACCAAACUUGGACUGUACCAAACAUGGACUGUACCAAACUUGGACUGUACCAAACAUAGACUGUACCAAACAUGGACUGUACCAAACAUAGACUGUACCAAACAUGGACUGUACCAAACUUGGACUGUACCAAACUUGGACUGUACCAAACUUGGACUGUACCAAACAUAGACUGUACCAAACUUGGACUGUACCAAACAUGGACUGUACCAAACAUGGACUGUACCAAACAUGGACUGUACCAAACAUAGACUGUACCAAACUUGGACUGUACCAAACAUGGACUGUACCAAACAUGGACUGUACCAAACUUGGACUGUACCAAACAUAGACUGUACCAAACUUGGACUGUACCAAACAUGAACUGUACCAAACAUGAACUGUACUAAACAUGGACUGUACCAAACUUGGACUGUACCAAACAUGAACUGUACCAAACUUGGACUGUACCAAACAUGGACUGUACCAAACAUGGACUGUACCAAACAUGGACUGUACCAAACAUGGACUGUACCAAACAUAGACUGUACCAAACUUGGACUGUACCAAACAUGGACUGUACAAAACAAGGUCUGUAGCACCCAAGAUGUCUAUGUUUUGUACUGAUAAUUCUGUAGAAAAAGAAAGCGACAACCAAACUGAACUUUUCCUAAGCUUAGUAUAUAAAUUGACUAAAUUUAUCUUGAGAUUGUGUUUGUUAAAGUUAGGAUUUUAAUUUAGGCCUCGAACAAAUUAUGUUAAGUUCAUGGUUAAUCUGUCACCUUUUAAAUUAUACUCUUUUUGAAUUCCAAUAGUACAAAUUGUGGAUUUUUUUUUGUACAAUAGUUCAUAUUUUGUACUUUCCAUCCAUAGUAGUAUAAUAGGUAGUAUAAUUUUUGGAGAAAGGGUUGGCAUAUUAAUAUCUACUGAAACAUUCAUCUGUACUGAUUUCAAAAGGCUUCUUUUCAACAUCAUUUAGUUGAGUAUCUAUUGAAACUCUUCUAGUUUCAUAUACACCUAAAUUUGAUGAACGUUUCACUGUUCAUGUUUUUAAUGAUAGUUAUAUAUAUAUAAUUCUAAGUGUAUUUCAUUCUACUAAAAAUAAAACUGUUGUAAAU